ACGAUUGCUGCCGCCAUCAACCUGCGCCCUCAUACCCUCGCAUAACUUAUUCCCGGAACAUGACGCAAAGAAGUUCUGGCCGGGACUGAAUGAAUUGCCUCCACGUUGCGCGCCUAAGGUGUGCCUGUCGACUAACCGGGUCUCGAUAAUGCCUGGGCACCUCGACCCGCCUCCACAAGAUGCUUUGAGACUCCUCACACGAUCUCCACAUCCUUACCAUCGCCAGCACUCCGAGCUGCUGGAACCAUCCGACCGCUUGACAUAUGCAACCUUAGGAGGAGACCGACUUAAUCUACAUCCUGUCUCUUCCGGCGUCUCGAGAGAAAUUACACCUAGUAGCGACAGCGGCACUGAGGCCGAUGAUGAGCACUUCCUCAAAGGCCUACCAGCGCCGAGAAGAUCGCGAAAAGGUUUACGGGGGCGCAAUGAAGUUCUGUCAGGUACUUCGACCCCGAUACCGUCUCCCGCUGUCCUCGAGGAAGAAGGGAGACGAAUAUCCUAUAAUAUGAAGAAAGAUGAGUCCAUAGGCAAAAGAACUCAAAGUCCAGCCGAUAAGGCGCGGAGGAGGAAGGAGAUUGUCCGUCGCUCUAUCGAGUUGCUGCUCAUCGGAUUCCUUGGUGUUGUGGUUUGCACAAAUACUUAUGUCCAACCCAUACUCCGCAGAUGGAAUCGAGAGCUCUAUGUCUGGAUAGGAAUAUCAGUCGCUCUGGCGUUGCUUUAUCCCUUGAGACUUGUGGUAUGGGCUUACUGGCACCGGGCGCCUUCAAAGAAAAUCCCGAUAUCUAUACCAUCAUCUUUCGACCCAGCACCAUUAUUAUAUCCGUCGGCCAUCACGAUCUUUGUCUCGCUACUUCUCGCCGUUGAUAACGAGGCCAUAAUUCUACCAAGCAUAAUACUCGCCAUAUGUUCCUUACCACCCACGUUACUCCCCACCUUGUCUAGUGUUGGUCCAGGAUGCGAUUCCUUGCACUGGGCGCUUUCAUGCGCACCCCUACUCCUAAAAGAAACUGGCCGGCUCAAUGCCAUCCAGACGAAUGCUAGAAGAACUGGGUUCUCAGCAUAUAUUUCACUCGAAACUGCAACACUAUUGUACCCGUUACAUCAGAGCCUCUGCUCAAUCCUGCGUACUUUAACUACAACCAGCCUUCUUACAGCCGAACUGCAAUUAUUGUCGAUCUCGCUCAUCGAUCUCUUAUUUCUCGCAUCUUCACCACAAGCGGUAAUUUUAAAGUCACUGCUCUGGAUAGGAGGUGUUGAUAUCCUCGUCUUGUGUGGUCAACCUAUCAAAUGGGGUAUCUCUUUGGCUCGUGUACCUAAAUGGCGCUUCAAGAGAACGCCUAGCUCUUCUAAGCCGGCGCCUUCUUUCUUUUCAAGCAUCAUGCCGUGGAGGAGAGUAAGGCACGAUCUAUUCCAUGCGCCAAUAGAUAGCUCAUCCUGCAGUUCCUGCGAAGCGUUCGAUGGCCCCGAAGAUAGCGACAUUCCAGCAUCUACGGCAGCCGGAGGACCUACUCGUGUGAAAACCAUGUUUGAUGGCGUUGGUUCUACUGGGAUUGAAGAAGACUCACUUUCUGCUAUAGGCCAAAAGCUCCUGGCCAAUACUAUAAAUACGAAGCCUGGAUCAACACCACUUCGCCGACACACUCUACCCAGUACAGAUAAUGUACCGCGCAAAUCUCAUACACAUACUCCGUCCGGCCGGAGGAAGCGAACCGCUUCUCGCUCCGUCCGUGCUUUCUUCUUGCUUACGCAAAAGCAGGCUACGACUAGGAAAUGGAUUUAUGCUGCGUAUGUUUAUAUCUGCAUAGUUGGCGCUGUAUUCCUUCCCCUUCCCUUUGUCGGCGUUAAGACCGUCAUUGCAGAUGACGCACUUCGUGGCCAUGAGCCUAUAGGAUGGGCUCUGGGCUAUUUGUUCGGAGAUCUACCACAAUUCAGAUGGGAAGUUGUCAGUCGGAAUCUAGAGCGGUGGAUAUGCCUCCCCUUACGGCCCUCUGACGAAUAUGAGCAUCUUUCGAUGGGUUGGGUCAAUGAUCUUCGCCAGCUGCAUGUUGGUCAAGCUAAUACGCGCCUUUUAUUGAGCGCGUAUUUCGUGGGUGUCAUCGCGAUCGGAUUGAUAGUCGUAUUUCGGCUAUCGCCUAUCUACGAGGUAGAUACGCGACGAAAGGUUUUCCAUUUCAUGAUGGUCGCCAUGUUCUUACCGGCUACUUACAUAGAUCCUACGUUUGCGGCCUUGGCACUAUCCGUCGUCCUUGCUCUCUUCCUUCUACUCGACCUUCUGCGCGCGAGCCAACUUCCUCCGCUAUCGAAGCCGCUGGCUUUCUUCCUUGCCCCAUACGUCGACGGGCGAGAUCUUCGAGGCCCGGUUGUUAUCUCGCAUAUAUUCCUUCUUAUCGGUUGUGCGAUUCCUCUGUGGCUGUCGCUGGGUUCGCUCCCUCGUGUUGGGUCCGGAUGCCUCGACGGCUGGGAGGUGCCCACGAGAGAAAUUAGUAUGGUAUCGGGUGUCGUGUGCGUGGGGCUAGGCGACGCUGCCGCUUCUUUGAUCGGAAGACGUCAUGGACAGCGGAAAUGGCUGUGGGGUGGCGGUAAGAGUCUCGAGGGGAGCGUAGCUUUUGCGUUUGCUGUCUUCGCGGGACUUGCUGCCGCCCGCCUGUGGCUACGCAUCGGCGGAUGGCCUCAGACGAUCGGCACCUCCGACACAUGGAGCGCCGCUGCCCGGAAAAUGGGGAUAUGUGCCGCUACCGCCAGUCUCACGGAGGCAGUUUUGACUGGCGGCAACGAUAACGUAGUGGUGCCUGUGGUCCUGUGGACAUGUGUAAAAGGUUUUGGUAUUUAGGUUACCGCCAGGGGAUAGGGGUGGGAUGAAUGAAGGGUUGAGAGUUCGGCGUCCGGUCAGCAAAUUCAUCAGCAUUUACGAGGCCUUCCAAAAGGGGAUUAGAAGGUAUAGAUCAGAGGCCCGACUUCUAGACCAAGAUAUACCCAUCGGGUUCGGUCGGCGUUUAUUGAUAUUGUAACGUAUAUAUAUAUCGUUGCAUAAUGAGUGAGGAA